ACUUUCCAAAUCGUUAGUACUUUACACACAACCAAAAUGUCAGCUUCCAGCUUUGCAAAGACGAAGAAAGUCUUUUUAAAGUUUAUUUAUAAUCCCUAGCAAUUUGAUUUGCAAAAUUGAUCAGAACUUUUGAUGAAUAGUUUAUGGGCAAUAUGUGACAGAGUAAGUGUGAACAAAACAUUACAUUGAAAUGGAUGCUCGCAACAGUUGGUAUUAAUUAAGAGAACAAUGACACAAGGUGAAAGGAAAUCGGGAUUGCCCUCCCAUCACCUGAUAAAUAAUUUCGGACAAAAUUCAUCUGAGGGUCUGCUACAACAUUGGCAAAGACCGGAGUAUGUCUGUGGAUGGGGUGCUGCAUUUGUAAACAUAAGUGUGACCUUCCCGAUAAACAAGGUCAUGUUCCGACAGCAGCUAUACGGGGUCAGGGCAUGGAAAGCAAUUCAACAGCUUCAAAAAGAAGGACUGACUCAUAUCUACAGAGGUUUGAUGCCGCCCCUCUUACAGAAGACAACUUCAAUGUCUCUAAUGUUUGGAUUGUACUACGAGUUUCAGAGGCAACUAAACACGUCCUUUCCAUCAUUAUGGGCGCCCAUAAACAAAUCAGUGGCAGCAAUGUUCGCUGGAACUGUUGAGUCGAUUCUCACUCCAUUUGAACGGGUACAAAUGCUGAUGCAGGAUAGAUCAUAUCAUAAACAUUACGGAAACACAGUUCAUGCUUUCAGGGAAUUAAGACAAAACUAUGGUUUACGUGAGUUUUAUCGUGGACAAUCUGCUAUUCUAUUACGUAACGGUCCAAGCAAUGUUCUCUUCUUUCUCGGGAGAGAUUAUUUACAUAUGGUUUACCCGGAAGAUGGUACUGCUGGCCAGAAACUUUUCCUAGAUUUUGUAAGUGGCGCAUGUCUCGGUGCUUUCUUGAGUAGCCUUUUUUACCCAUUGAAUGUGGUCAAAGUACGGAUGCAAUCAAAAGUGGGCGGUGAGUUUGAUAGACUCGUGCCAACAUUUAAAGAAAUUUUAAAAGAAAGAGAUUACAGCAUGAAAAAAAUAUUCAGGGGUUUACAUGUAAACUACACACGGGCCUUCAUUUCAUGGGGUAUUGUGAAUGCUACCUAUGAAUAUCUGAUGAAACAUUUUAACAAAUGGAAGGAAAUGGAUGAAAGUUGACACGUAGCAUUGGAGAGUAAACCUUGAGACAUUUUAUCAAAUGACGAAGGGUAUAGAAGUAUUCAGGUUGCCAAAAAGGUGAAAUUGUCCUCAAACCUAGAUGCAACUUGCUGAUUAUUCCAUAUUAAGUUUAUAAUUAUUUAUUUAACAAUGUCAUAUUUUUCUGUUUUAAAGUAUCAGAUUAUCCCUCCCAGCCCCUCCCCUUAAGAUAUUGAAUUAUAACUUUAUUUAAUGCAAUUUUUCCAUAUACAUGAAUAUUGUUAAAAUGAAAUAUUUUUACCACAGAUUCAGAUUUUUUUAAACUGGGUGUGCUGGAGUUUGAAAUAACCAAUGUCCUGUCAUACUUAUGGGGGUCAGGAGGGCGACCCCCAGGAAAAAAAUGAGAUCUGCAUGUUAAAUGAUGAUUUCUAGUGCAUUUUACAUGUACAUAUAAAGGGUAUAUCAUUUGAAGCAGAAUGCACAUUUACAUACCCAACCUGUAAUAAUCAGAUGUAAGUGCUUGGUCAAAAAUUUACUCUAAAUUUACUAGUAUAUAAGUUUAAUCAACUUAUCUUACAAUAUCAUUCUGUAUGUUCAGGUAAUUAUUUAUGUAUUUUUUAUCAUUUUCCUCCAUUUUCUGUAAACUGUAGUUUAAACUCUUCAAAUGUGUCUAAAGAGUUACCGGUGUCUUGUAACGUUUAUAACUUGUGAAUUUUAACCAGUAUUUAGUUCACAAUAUUUAAGGAUCUUAGUAAAACUUGUUAAAAGUUUGCAUUGAAAAAGAUAUUCAUUGUUAUUUAUUGUGAGUAUCUAUUGUACAUGUAAAUAUGACAUUUCAUGCCCUCUUGAAAAUGUGCAUUGUACAUGUAUGUUCUGUUUGUAAUACUGGUAUAUUUGAAUUAUUUUACCAGAUGUUUCUUAUGAUUUUCAGCUAAGUUUGACCAAAUAAUUUAUUGUCUUUAUCUUGAAUAUCCGCAGGAUCAUCAAAAGGUGGAAAAACACUGAUAGCUACAUGUACACUUAUAUCUUCUUUUGUUCACUUUUAAUAAGUCACAUUAUGAGAUUUUUUAGUCAAUUUAAAAAAAAUUGUGCUACCUUAAAACUACCUCAUUUUUAGGGUAACAACUACAGGUUUUGAGAAAUUGUUAUGAAGUUACUUUGACUCUGUGUGUGUGUUGUGCUAGCUUAUAAAGAUGUCCCCCACCUCUUAUAACAGGGUAUUUGUCUAUGACCUUGGUAUACCAAAUCUUUCAAUCAUAUAAUAUUUUCGAAAGAGAGAUUUGUAAAUAUAAAUAGGGUGGUCUUUUGGAGGCAUGUUGACUUUGACAAACAAUAGAAAUGUUCAUUCAAAGGUCUUAACUAGUCCUAAAUUUAGUGCCAUUACCUAGGACUUUAGAUGCACUGAAGACUUUCCAUAAAAAAGUUAUACAGCCCAAGUCACUUAAAAAUAUCUUAAGUCAAAUAGUAAUUAAUAUAAAUGGCUUCAUAUUAACAUAUAUAUUAAUCAAAGCAGAGUCCAUUAUCCUACCUCGAAAGUUACAUAACUAAGCAGUAUCCAUCUUUUCCUCAUUUAUCUUCCCAUAAUACCAGUCCUUGUGUUUAAGAAAUAAUUUAUAAAGAUAAUUUUUUUUUUGUAAUUCUUAGGCAGGUUCUAGUUGAAGCAUCAUUUAAAUGCAUUUUAUUUUUUGAUCACUUUUCACAACAGAAGAAUUAUUCUGGAAAAUUAGUGUAAGCUUAUAUAAAUCUGAAAUUUUGCACAUAAGUUAUUGGUCAUCAAAUGCUACAUAGAAUGCUAAAUUUAGAAAAUUUGUUUUCCCAUGUUUCCAGUCUCUUCAUGUCAACAACCUUCAUAGUAGUAUCUGUUAGUGUUUGUUGUGAAAUCAUAAUUGAAUGAUUGUUAUUGUAAGGUAUUCAUCUGAAAUCUUAUACUUGAUUUAAUUUAAGCCUUAAAGGCACAUUAUGCCCCAGAAAUUUUUCAUGCAUUUUGAAAAGGUAAACAUGAGUUUAAAAAGUUUCAAUAUUGGUUUAAGAGCAUUUUAGAUGCUGGUUACCUGAAGAAAGUUUUGCUGAACAUGAAAUUAUAUGUGAUAAAAGUAGAAAAAUAUCAACAAAGACGUAUUUUGGCUUCCAUUUAAAAUACUAAAUACUAUAUUUCUACUUAUUGAUAAAAUGCAACAGAAGCAAAAGCUGGUUCAGGCAAUUCUGACCAACAAGUAGCUUGUUAGAAGCUAUAACAGGUCACAAAAAAUAAAAUGCUUUUGAGAAAGAAAAAUAAAAGUAUGUUUAGGGCAUACUGGGCCUUUAAUGUUAAGACAUUUUAACUGUACUGCCAAGAUUUGCUUAGAUAGAUAUUAUAUAUAAUAUAUAUACAAUGUAUGUGUUUGUUCUAAGUUUAAAAAGGGUCCAUCCGCCCUUUCAGGCACUGAAAGUACGAACCCCAGGUUGUGAGGAAACAUGCUGUGGUUGAUUAUAUACAUGUAUGUGAGCUACUUGAUCUAUUACUUGAAAAUAGGUCACUGGGUCAAAUCAUCUUUUCAACAGUUUGUCAUUUUUUUGUAGACCCAUCACUUUGUUUAGCUAGUAAGAUGUCCAUAUAAUGUUUGUUAUAAUUUGUUGUGUGCAUUUUGCUGAUCCUGCUAUUUUCAUAGCCAUUUAAUUAAUGCUGUAUUGUGAAUUGGGAAAAUGCCUUCCAUAUAUUUUACCUUGUUUUUACAUGAAAAAAAAAUCACUGACUUGUUGUAUGUGUAAAAAAUACGAUGUGAAUGUAAACUGUGUUUACUGAUUAUGAUUCAGUUUAGAAAAAGUUAAACAGAAUUGUUGUUUAUUUUCAAAAGGCACAAAGUAGUUUUAUUUGUAAAUUCUUCAGUUUACUCUUUUGUUAAAAAUAAAGGACUAUUUUGGUAUAAGAGUAACUUCUGUUGAAUAACAAAAAUGAAAUUUUAUGAAUUUACAUUUUUCUUUCCCUCUGGCCUUAGUUUAUUAUGGAUUAUAUCAGAAAUUUACAUUUGUUUGUUGGCCUGUUGAAAGAAAACAGUGUAUAUUGAUAUUUUAGAGUAAUUAUAUAGUUAUUUUAGUUAAUUAACAAUGUAUGCAAAUAAUGAAAUUCAUGCAAAUUCUUUUUUAGCUCACAGAACAGUGCUCAGAGGUGUGCUUUUGUCAUGGCAAUGUGUCUGUCAUUCAUCACAAUAUUUUAAACAAUGUUGACUAGGCUACACUCAAAUGAUCUUUAGGUGACCUUCUACGAAACUUAUCUGAACAGUUCGAGUCAGUGCAUGAAUAGGUCACCAGAGCUUUAAAUAGACUUCAAAAAUGAAAUUGUUUAAAGUCCUCUCUUUAGACACUUCUGGCAUGUAACAUCGAGUGUAGGACAAAAGCCCCCCUUAAGGUACUGCACAAUAUAUAAUAAUGCAAACAUAAAAACAUUCAUAUCAUCAAUAAAUUAUAUAUACGAAUUACACAAUAAAUCAAAUUAGAACUUUUGUACCUUUAAAUUUAAAUCUCAAUGUAAAUUAUCUUUUAAAAUAAAUGUAUUUAUUUGUUAAGUUAAACAUACCGAUUUUGACUUGUCUCAUUACAUCAAGUUCCAGAUUUAAACUGACAAGAUUCUCAAUAACAAUUGUUUGAUGAACU